AUGGCGGAUGCGAUGGUUGCCAAGGUUCGCUCGCCUCUGGCCGAGACGACGAACCGAAUGAACUCUCCAUUCCCUGCCUCGGAACAGCAGACGAGCAAGCCGUCGCGUUACGUCCGGUCUGACGUGGCUCAUCUCCAGCUCAACCAACAUCCCGCGCCGCACUCGAGACCAGGAAGCCGACAAGCUAUGGCUCCGCCAAACAUGACCCUCAGCACCCAAAUGUCCGGUGUAAUACAUCAUCCGUAUCCGCAACCUGUAGAGGAUGAUAAGCGAAUGUCCCAGGCUUCGUAUGCGUCAACCUCGAGUAGCCGAAGCAAGAAGAACUACAAGACUCACAUCGGGCCUUGGCAACUGGGACGAACGCUGGGCAAGGGCUCCUCGGCUCGCGUACGCCUCUGCCGACACAACAUCACCAACCAGCUUGCUGCCGUCAAGAUUGUAAACCGAACCAUGGCCUACUUGGUCCAAGACAGCUCCAUGGCCGCCCUAAGCAAGUGGGACAGCAGCCUUCCUGACCAAAUCAACGGGGAAAUGCGCGUUCCCAUGGCCAUUGAGCGUGAAGUGGCAAUUCUUAAACUUAUCGAACACCCGAAUAUCAUGAAAUUGUACGACAUAUGGGAGAACCGCUCUGAAAUAUAUCUCAUUCUCGAGUACAUCGAUCAAGGCGAUCUAUUUACCUUCAUCAACUCCAGGGGACGACUCCCUGAGGAACUUUCCAUCUACUUCUUCCGGCAGAUGAUGAGCGCCAUCUCUUACUGUCACUCCUUCAACGUGUGUCACCGCGACUUGAAGCCUGAGAACAUUCUCAUCACUGCAGACUUGCAAAUCAAGAUUGCGGAUUUUGGCAUGGCGGCGCUACACCAGACCGCCACACAUCAGCUUGCUACAGCCUGCGGCAGCCCCCAUUACGCUGCUCCAGAACUUCUGAAGAACAGGCAGUAUCGCGGGGACCGCGCUGAUAUUUGGAGCAUGGGCGUCAUCCUCUAUGCAAUGCUGUCUGCCACUUUGCCAUUCGAUGACCCUGAUUUGCGCGUCAUGAUGGCCAAAACAAAGAAGGGACAAUAUGAGAUGCCCAAGGGUCUCAGUCCCGAGGCUGAGGAUCUGAUACGGCGAAUGCUCCAGGUAAACCCUGACCGCCGAAUUGCGAUGAAGGACAUCUGGAGGCACCCCUUGGUCCAGAAAUACAAGUCUCUCGACGAUUUCGGAGACAACACCGCCCAGUUGCCCGACACCCGAAAAGGGUUCCAGUAUGCGCCCGUAGCCAGAGGCGACAUUGACCCCCAGCUCCUCCGACAACUUCGAUCCAUGUGGCACAUGUUCAGUGAGCAUGAUCUAGUCUUCAAUCUUACAUCCAAAGAGCCAAAUGACCAGAAAGCCUUUUAUUGGUUGCUUUAUAACUAUCGGAACAAGCAGCUGGAGGACUUCAAACCAGAAUUGGCCCACUCCAUGAGUGACUACCAUCAUCUAAAGCCAGCCAUUUGGAAGAGGCGUGUCUCGACCUGUCAAUUCGAGAAACCCAGAGCAAAUGGACACGGACGUUCUAUUUCGCGCUUCACAGUCAUCUCCAAUGCCCCCGAUACAGGAAGUGAUGGCUAUGAUCCAUACCGCAGCAAUCGCGUACUGCAAAAUCGCGAUUCGCAAGUCACCCAUGCAAAGAUCACCGUGCACCGUGAUGGCGAGAUUGCAACAACUACUGCAACCGGACAAGCUAAUAAAAUGCGCAACGGCGCCAACGCGCGUCGCAUGCGGGCAAACUCGACAAGAGCAUCGCUUACAAGCCGACCACAAUCGUCCCGUGGAUCACUUGCGUCAUUGCGAAGUAGUCGACAGGGAACUCCCAAGAUACGAGUGCCUAGUCUCCGCCGUAAACGAGGUGUAGACUUCUCUCAUAUCCGCAAGGGAUCAGAUUCUGCUGGGACUCGUUCGCGGCUUGCCAACGGCAAGACAGGUUCUGACAUCGUUGCUGGUAAUGGGACACCUCAUCGAGUACCAGCACCGGCGGGUCGAUUUCCUAGUCCAGAUUUGACCAAGACAGCUGAUGGAACAUAUCCCAAGGCCCUGGGCGGUCCUAUCAACCAAUAUUCCAAGAAGAACGGUGCUUCUAUGAUUUUCCGCGAAGAGUUGCGCAAAUUCAGUAACACCUGUGCUAAGGACUGCGAUGAAGCAUUCAAGACCUCUAUAAUCGUUUACGACUCCGAGUGCGACUCGUCGACCACUGAGGGUGACCGUGCACACCGGGAAUCCAACCCAUUCUCAGUAUCCCUCGACAGCCCUGCGACGACUAUCUCCCCGGCGACUGAUUCAUCCCACGACUCGUGGCAUAGCCGUCCUUUACCUCCGUUGCCCAAGAUUACCAGCACGCAGAAUAAAACCGCAGUCUCAAACAAGUCUGAUGUGCGUUCAACUUCUCCGGACAAAGAUGUUGCCAAAAGUGGAGACAGGAAAGACGUCAGUAAAGGUUCUGCUCUGCCAAGACAGGUUGACCGCCGAGCAGUCUCAGCGCCGGCUUACAGUCAGGCACAUAGAAAGCUUUCUACACUGCCUUCGAUAAAUGAAAAUGCUGGACUACACGGCGAUGGAGCCCGUAUUGUGUCCGCUCCACCCCAGAGCCCCAUGAGACGGGCAAAUGCCAAGAACCGUAGUAUGGAUUAUCUCAGCAAGGUUGAACGUACAAUUCGGGUUGUCAACUCACCCACGCAUGGAGGCCCGCCCAGAUUGCCGAAGCCAGUCGACACCCAGACGGCGAAAAGAGACGGGUGUUCUCGGCAUCCCCUUCAUCAGCAGAUCUCGUACGAUGAUGUGGAAUGCGACGAUCACAUUUACGAUGUGGAAUCCGCCCCGAAGAAAAAGAAAUCGUCUUGGUUCAAGCGAGUCUCCAAAGCAGAUUCCAGCGCGAGUUCUAGUGACAGCGGGGCACGCCGGGCAAGUGGUUCGACGGACUCCAAGCAAAAUCGGUCCUACGAGGAGUGCAAUGAGCAAAAUAAAAAGAGAAACUUUUCGUUCCCAUCAUUUUGGAAGGGCAACAAGGAUAAGGACACUGGCAUGACUAUCGAAGGACUGGAGGACGUGGCUGAGAAGCAGCAAGCGACUGGCCAGGCAGUCAGACGAAGGCAACGGUCCGGUGUGAUUCCAUCAAACUCGGGUGACGCGCCAUAUAUUGAAGUCAAGCAGAAUUGGCUUACGCGCCUUUUCCGUGUCAAGCCAGCCACUAGGUACCUUUGCAUGACCUUGACCCGUCAGCGAGCUCGCCAGGAGGUUGUGUUUUUGUUGCGCGACUGGCAGCGUUACGGCAUCAGGGAUAUCCACCUUGAUAAGCAGCGCAACGUUAUCCUUGCGAGGCUUGGAGCUAAGAACUGUAGGCUCUCAACUAUUUGA